AGAUCGCGCCGCAGUAUUGGUUUUCUAUUAUGGAUAUGAAAUUAGUUGUCAAGCAUUUCAUGAUCUUUAGAUAUAAUAUCCUCAAACUAGUUAAUGAAAAUUGGCAAUGUCAAAACAUUUAAUACUAAUAUCUUAGAGACUGUUUUAAUUCGUCAAAUCACCCUCAGAUGUUAUGGAUUAGUUAGAUAUUGACUUAAAAUCGAUCAGUAUUUUUAUUUCGUGUUAAAUGACAAUGAGAAUACUUUUGAUUUUUACAAUUCUUCCGAGCCUUUGUCGACAUGAAACAGUCAUAAAAAAUCGAAUGCAAGAAGAAAAUAUUGGAAGUUUGGCAGGUGAUGUCCAAAACUGGGCUACUCUAAUACAAAACUACAUCUUACAGUUAGCUGAAGAAGGUAUUAGAAGAAAGUAUACUCAAUCAUUGUUUGACACUGCCAACUACACUUUUGAUGAAAAAGAUGGAGCUAUUUUAGUUCAAAAUGUAAAAGAAACUUUGGGUGAUUACUUUAGUAUGAAGACGCAAGCUGCUCAGAGGCUUGCUGACAAGGCCGUAGAAGCUUAUGAUAAAUGGUUACUAGAUGAAAAUAAAGUUACAUAUGACAAUCUCCACAAAAUGCCUCGAGAUAUAUAUCGCGAUUCAGAUAUUCCAAGUACUUUGGACAAAGGAAAAUACAGCGUGUUCAAAUCAAAAUUUAGACAAGUUAUUUUCCUAAAUUAUUCAACGGUUAAAAUAUCUGAUGAUGUGCCAAGAAAAGAUCCCAAUACAAUAAAAACAGUAAACUGGACAAGGGCAUUGGAAGAUGUUAUGAUUGAUAAUGCUAAAAAAGAUCCCCAAUUAAGAUGGCAAUAUUUUGGAUCCACAGCAGGACUUGUUCGAUUAUACCCUGGAAGGGAAUGGGAUACAAAUUUUGCUGGCUUUUAUAAUGACUAUGACCCGCGGCUUAGACCCUGGUAUAUCGGAGCUACAUCUGGUCCCAAAGAUGUUGUAAUUAUUUUAGAUUGCAGCUUGUCUAUGAAAGGUGAAAAAUUUUCCAUUGCUCAAGCAGUGGCAAAAACUGUAAUCAAUACACUCACCAGACAAGAUUACAUAAACGUUAUCUGCGCACGAGCAUCUCAUUGGGAUGAAGUUGGAAAAUGGCACGAGUUUGGUAGUCAAGUCUUAAGUUGUAGAAAAGAUAGCCUUGUUCAAGCGACUACAGCUCAUAGAAAAGACCUUAUAGAGAAAAUUUAUAGAUUAGAACCAGGCGGUACAUCUGAAGUGGAAAAAGGCUUUGAAAAAGCUUUUAAACUGUUAGCUGGAUCAAUUCGAACUGGCUGUCAAUCUGUAAUUGUGUUUGCUACUGACGGUAGAGACACAGAUGGAGAACAAGUAAGAUGUGGUCCUGGAUAUUAUACUAGGAGUGGAUAUGUGGCUGGACCGAUUUGUAAAUAUAAUUGGACUAAAGUUUGGCAGGUUACAAAUGAAAAAAACAAAUUGCUAGACCCUCCGGCAAGAAUUUUCAGCUAUCUUACGAAAGAUGAGGGGGAAUUAUUUCCCGGAAAAUUAGCUUGUGCUCACGGAGGAAGUCUAACAAAGUUAGCUAACGGAGAAAAUUUGAUAAAUCAGAUGCAUAGCUAUUUUGACUUCUUAUUCCGAAAUGCCAAGUCAACAAUGGGAUUAUGGACCUCCCCUUACAUAGAUGCAUGGAAGUUAGGCCUUAUGGUUACAUAUUCUAUUCCCUGUCUAGUGGACGAUCCUAUAUUUAUACCCAUAGAGCAGCUGGAGCAGACUCAGGGUGAACCUAGAAACUUUAGCAGAGUAGUAGAGGAAAUGAAAGCUGGUAAAACAGGACAACUCACUAUAAAAAAUGCUAGAAGAGGAAUCGGUGGAAAGACUUUUAUGGAUGCUACAUAUUACUAUGCUGCCCUGAAUGACUCCGAAUAUGCUUUCGCCUUUAGUAUGGCAGAUACAGACAAAACAUUUAGACGGGCUCAAACACCUGUCGAUUUAGACAACUACGAUAAAUCAUAUUUCAAUUUGCUAAUAGAAUACAACAGCUCAACAGCCAAGGAAGCUUUCCCUGGGACAUAUGAUUAUUUAGAUGUUAGAGACAAUGAGCAAAAAAAAUAUCCUGGGUUAAGGGUAUCAUAUCUUCAUUCUUCAAUAUUUCUCGCUCCAAAAUGUCAUUGUGAUCCCACGGCGUAUUUCUAUGAUGAAGACUUGGCGCAGAAAACUGUUGAAGCGCACAAAUACAUAAAUUCUAUGACAGAUGACUUCGGAUGCACAAAUCAAAAAAGUAAAUAUGAGAGAGGUGUGCGAGCUGAUGUUCUAAUUACUCAGCCCGUCGAACGACUAUGGAGAGUUAGGAAUUUUGAUGGAAUUGAUACCGUGAAAUGGACAUAUGUUGGGAUGAGAAGCGGGGUGUUUCGAACUUAUCCUGGUCAUCGUUCUAGAAGAUUGUAUGAUCCAUCACAGCGACCAUGGUUUAAACGAGCUUCUUCCACUCCUUCUAAAACAUCAAUAUCAACCGCAUACAUGGACGCUGCAGGAGUUGGAAAAAUCAUUACUAUUUCACAGGCAGUAUUUGAAGGAAUGCUUGUCCGGGAAGACACUUCUGAAUGUGUUAAAUCCAAGAAAAAGGAAGAACUAUUGCCUGGAGGAUGUCCGUGUGAAACUGAUACUGAUUGCCUCAGUGGCUUUUGUUACAUCAGCGAGGCUCCAGGAAUCAAUAGAGACAAACCGAGAUGUGCUACGGAGAGGGUGGAAGCCGUCACCAGUCUAGAUAUUCUUUAUGAAAAGUUUCAUAAGAUUACUUUUGAGAAAAUGAAGGCAAGUGACAAGAAGAAGUCGUGUAAUCAAACUUAUCCAUGUUCUCAUAAUAAGAAACAAUUGUGUAAAACUAGAUGUUACCUAUUUGACAACGCUGCCUAUUUAAUAACCGACCGCGAAUUUGUUAAGGCAUCUCCUCUGGAUACAAGCAAAUACAAGGAUGUAACUCUUGGAAGAAAAGAGGGAGAAGUCAUGAAAGAACUUAUUUACAAACACUCAUUUUUCAUGCGUCAAGAGAAAAUAGACUUUCAGGGUAAAUGUCGCAUUUCGCCAUAUGCCCCAAAAGUGACAUUAUCAGGAAUUCCUCAGAAUCCAGAAGAACAAGACAACUAUUAUCAAAAGAAAGGUCCAAUUCCAAAGUUUUCUAAUGAAUUUGGAUGCAUAACGGACGUUGUUGCUUAUGCUGUGAAUGCAUCAGCUUUGGGAAGUAGUGGAAUGAUCGUCGGGAAUGUUUCUGGUCCGUCAUUGUCAAUUCAGGAGCGUACCGAAUCAUUAAUGGGACAUGCGCUCAUAAAGAUACAACAAAAACAACCUUAG